GUUGGCCCAUCUCUACGGCAGGAUCUCUUCCUUGUGCGAAAUAACAUCCUUGUAUCCGAGAUUUUGCCACCACAAAUACCAUGGUCAAGAACAUCGUCAAUGCAGGCCUGACGGGAUAUAUCAAAAGAGAGAAACUGCAAGACCGUCUCCGCGAUAUCUUCCAAGAAGAGAUCAUAGUUUCCCACUAUAAUGGGUUAUUCUAUUUUGACGCGCCGAGACUAGUAAGCGAGGAUGAAAUCGAGUAUGACUGGCCCGAUCCCCAAACCCCACCUGGAAUCCCUGACUGAUCGUCGACUGAACGGAUUAUAGCGACCUCCAGGAGCCCUUCCGUGUGAACUAAGUGGGGGCUGAGCGGAUCCGGAGGGUUCAAAGAAGGUGGUGUCUU